AUGCUGGAUCCGGUAAAGAAGGCAUUAAGUGACGCGAAUUUGGACAAGGCUGAUGUGGAGGAGAUAGUGUUGGUGGGUGCGUCGACAGGCAUGCCAAAGGUGCAGCAGUUACUGCAGGACUUCUUUGAUGGCAGAAAAUUGAACAAGUCCAUAAAUCCUGACGAGGCAGUGGCAUUCGGUGCAGUGUUGCUGGAGGCCAAGUUGAGUGGUGAUAAAUCAGAAGCGAUGCAGAAUUUUAAGUUGCUGGAAGUGGCACCAAACACACUGGUAUUGGACACCCAAACAGGAUUUCAAAUAAUUCGACUUGAUUUAAUUUUAAAGGCGGAAUAA